AUGUCUGCCAUACAAGAAGCUAUCGAUUCAAGCCCUGCCGAUGGCACAGGCGUCCUCAAGCUCGAUCCGUGGCUGGAAUCUCAUAAAGACGUGCUGAAGCAGCGCUACAGCUUGGUAAAGAAAUGGGCCAAUGCUAUCGACGAGUCGGAGGGUGGACUGGACAAGUUCAGUAAAGGCUAUGAAUCCUUCGGUCUAAUUGUCCAGCCCAAUGGUGAUAUCUCCUAUCGCGAGUGGGCACCCAAUGCUGUGGAAGCGUCGCUGGUCGGUGACUUCAACAACUGGGAUGUCAAUGCAAACCAGAUGAAGAAGAAUACCUUCGGUGUGUGGGAAGUGUUAGUUCCCGCGCAAAACGGAGCCCCGGCGAUUCCUCACGAGAGCAAGAUCAAGGCAAGGGACAACCCAAAGGCAAUCGACGAACCAAGUCUAACUAGACAACAGAUCACCAUGGUGCUCCCCAGCUCUGAGCGCAUCUACCGAAUCCCAGCAUGGAUCAAACGAGUCGUUCAGGAUCUCAACAUCUCCCCCGUAUACGACGCAGUCUUCUGGAACCCGCCCGCCAACGAGCGAUACCAGUUCCAGCACCCGCGACCCAAGAAGCCAGAGAGUCUGCGAAUCUACGAGGCUCACGUCGGUAUCUCGUCUCCCGAGACAAGAGUCGCCACCUACAAGGAGUUCACCAAGAAUAUGCUGCCUCGUAUCAAGUACCUGGGCUACAACGCCAUCCAGCUCAUGGCCGUCAUGGAGCAUGCCUACUAUGCCAGCUUCGGCUAUCAGGUGAACAAUUUCUUCGCUGCCAGCAGUCGCUAUGGAUCCCCUGAGGACCUGAAGGAGCUCAUUGACACUGCCCACAGCCUGGGCUUGGUGGUUCUGCUGGACGUGGUGCACAGCCACGCUUCGAAGAACGUGCUUGAUGGUAUCAACGAGUUCGAUGGCUCCGAUCACCUUUAUUUCCAUGGGGGCAAUAAGGGUCGUCAUGAACUGUGGGAUAGUCGUUUGUUCAACUAUGGUAGCCAUGAAGUGCUGCGUUUCCUCCUGAGUAACCUUCGAUUCUGGAUGGAGGAGUACCAGUUUGAUGGCUUCCGCUUUGACGGUGUCACUAGCAUGCUUUACCAACACCACGGCAUUGGAACCGGCUUCUCUGGUGGAUACCACGAGUACUUUGGACCCGGUGUUGACGAAGAGGGCGUCACAUACCUGACCCUCGCCAACGAGAUGCUGCACAAGCUCUACCCGGACUGCAUCACCGUAGCAGAGGAUGUAUCUGGAAUGCCAGCCCUGUGUGUCCCCCACGCCCUUGGCGGUCUCGGAUUCGACUACCGUCUCGCCAUGGCCAUCCCAGACAUGUACAUCAAGCUUCUAAAAGAAAGUACAGAUGGCGAAUGGGACAUGGGCAAUCUAACCCACACCCUGACUAACCGCCGUCACGGCGAGAAGACCAUCGCCUACGCCGAGAGCCACGACCAAGCACUGGUCGGCGACAAGAGUCUAAUGAUGUGGCUCUGCGACAAGGAAAUGUACACCCACAUGUCCGUCCUCACAGAAUUCACCCCUGUGAUCGAGCGCGGCAUGGCAUUGCACAAAAUGAUCCGCCUGAUAACCCACAGCUUGGGAGGCGAAGGCUACCUUAACUUCGAAGGCAACGAAUUCGGACAUCCCGAAUGGCUCGAUUUCCCUCGCGAAGGAAACGACAACUCAUUCUGGUACGCCCGGCGCCAACUUAAUCUCACGGACGACAACCUUCUCCGCUACCACUUCCUGAACGACUUCGAUCGCGCAAUGCAGCUCACCGAGCAGAAGUACGGCUGGCUGCAUGCGCCACAGGCGUAUAUCAGCCUCAAGAAUGAGGCUGAUAAGGUGGUUGUCUAUGAACGGGCGGGCUUGUUGUGGAUCUUCAAUUUCCACCCUACUAAUAGCUUCACGGAUUAUCGGGUUGGUGUUGAUGUUCCGGGGACUUAUCGGAUUGUGCUCGACUCGGAUGAUCCGGCGUUUGGAGGUCUGGGACGCAAUGUUAAGGAUACGAGGUUCUUUACGACUGAUAUGCCGUGGAAUGGAAGGGGGAACUUUGUGCAGGUCUAUCUGCCGACAAGGACCGCGUUGGUUCUUGCGCUGGAGCAGACUCUUUGA